GGGCUGGGCGGCUCUGCGGCCCGGCUGGGAAGAGGCGGGCGCUCGGCUCGCCAUGGCCGCGCGCGGUACCGGUCUGAGCGGCGUCCACCCCGCGGUCCCGGGCCGCCCGGGCCAUGCGGCCUCCGCCGCUGUGGCUGCUGUGGCUGCUGCUCUGUGGUCUCGGCGCCAUUGUGCCUCCGCUAGACUCUUUUUCCCAGCUUGCUGCUCCUCAGCACCUGAACCUUCACCUGUACAAUGAUGAGCAGAUUCUGAGUUGGGCGCCGUCACCCCCCACCAACGACAAGAGACCAGUGGUUUACCAGGUGGAGUAUAAAUUCAUUACUGGUUCUUGGAAUAAGGUCAAGGACGUGAAUUGUACAGACAUCACAGAGACGAAGUGUGACUUCACAGGAGGUGGCGGCUUGAAGAGUUUCACAGGUUUACGCCUAGUUCACUUACGAGUUCGAGCCAAGCAAGGAAGCCUCACUUCUAAGUGGGUCACCUCGAGCCAGUUCGAGCACUAUUGUAAUGUUACUGUUGGGCCUCCAAAAAACAUCUCGGUGACCCCAGGAAAAGGCUCCCUCAUCAUCCACUUCUCCCCUCCCUUUGAUGUGACGACAGAAGUAACUUUUGAGUAUCAUGUCCAUUACUGGGAAAAAACAGGAACCCAACAGGUGAGCGGCCCCUUCGAGAAGAACUCCAUUGUGUUGGAUGAUUUGAAGUCGUUUAGAGUUUACUGUUUACAAAUUGAGACGCAGCUGAUUGUGAAAAACAAAAGUAACUGUCGACCUAAGUCUUCGUUCAGCAACGUAUCUUGCGAAGAAACAACAGCAAAGGACUACACCAGGCUGCAAGUCACCCUGAUCCCCCUGGGCAUCUGUCUGUCGCUGCUGGUGCUCACGGGGGCCUGCUUCUUCCUGUUCCUCAAAUACCAGAGCCGGGUGAAGUACUGGUUUCAAGCUCCCCCAAACAUCCCGGAACAAAUAAAGGAGUAUUUAAAGGACCCAGAGCAACCCAUCUUAGAAGUCUUGGACAAGGACAGUUCCCCAAAGGAUGAUGCCUGGGACUCUGUGUCCAUCAUUUCCUCUCUAGAAAAGGAGCAAGAUCGUGUGCUCCAAACACUAUGAGCUUGGGCACCAGUCCCUGCUUGCCCAGGACGACGAUGUGGGAUGCUGCUGCCAUUCUGCCCGGACUCUGCAGAGACCACAGCGCCCCCACGGACUUCCGCCUCAGGAAGGCCUUUCAGGGGGAAGAUGGUGGACUCUUGAUUCUUUAUGAGUUUUCUGGAUCAUAUGAGUUUUUAGAUAGUAUCUAAAAGGAUUCCACAGAAAAAUAACUCAGGGAAAAAACCAUUUCUCUUAAACACUAAAAAGGCAUACAGUCAUUUACUGGCAGUAGGGCUGCCAACUUCUGAUGCUCUUUGCUGUUCGCUGCCCUGGCUGCCGAGAGACUGAAAAUGAGUUGUCCCAGCCAUUUCUGCCUGUCACAAAGAGGGGCCCUUGAUGUCCACUUCAAGUGUAAUGGUCUAAAUGUGGUUAUUGCUAGGCCAGUGUUUGCCCAGCAUGGACAUGGCCUACCCCGCACCUCACACAUGUAGAGAUGAUCAAUUCUGUAAAUAGAGUCGUGAUAAUUUAAGUUAGGAUUUUUAAGGCUAGAAAUAAAGGAUUGUAUAUUGAACUUUG